CAGUAGUUUCAUGGAAAGACUUCAAAUUUUAAAAUUCAUAAGUGAUCCCUCCACCACUGUCACAAAGCAAACUAAACAUAAACACGAGAAUUUUAAGAAUGGAAAACCUCACAAUAGCGGAAAUAGAAAACCUCACACUGCGCAGAUACGACGGAGUUAAAGUCAUGAGCGGUAAAAAUUCCUUUGAGCUAUACAUGAACUUCCUGUGGAUAUUUGCUUGCAUAUAUGUCCUUUCCAAACUAACCCAACUUUUGGAGCGGGUCCUUGGACAGCGGUUGGUCGGCCAAAAGCAAUGGUGCGACGUGCGCUUAAUCGAAAAUGAAUGGCAGCUUACCCUGCAACUUUACGAGGAAGACAAGCGCCAGCUGGAGGCACAGGUGCGCGAGCUGCGCGAAAAGAACCUUUUUAUGGAGCGCAUGAUGGUCGAACUGCGCGACUGCAACAUCCACUUAAUAAGCGCGAACUUUAUGCGGUCCGUGAUGCAAGAUCAGAUUUCGACACCACCACAGCCGAACAUUUACAUCAGCAACACCCACUUUCAUCUUACACGCCAGGUGAUCGUAAACGAGAGUCAUAUCGAUCUUAAUGUUCAUAACGCCGGCGGGAAAGUUACCGACUCCAUGGGCUCAAAGUGUGCGGAUCUGAAUGUCUGGCUGCACUACCUGAAGAUGCGCAAGUGCUAUAUAGGCCCGAUCGCCGAUCCAAAUUUGACAGCUCCUAGAAGUUCAGAGCAUAUGCUUCCCAUUGUUAUGUCUACCGAGCAGUUGGCCAAUUUGCAGGGUAUGAUCUAGUUGACUUUAUUUUUGAUGCAUUCUUAAUAUAAAUUUUCAUUGUUAUAUUAUUCAAAAAACAAAAAUCAAAAAAAUGUAUGUUUAAAACUAA